AUGUCUUCUUCCGCCAUCCUCCGAACCAUCGCCCGCGGCCCCUCAAGCACCUUCUUCCGCGCAUACCGACCCAUCACUCCCAGCCGCGCAGGCGCUUUCGUGCCAGGAUUGAUCGCUGGCUCAAGCCUCAACUUCAGCACCAGUGUCGCACGACGGAGCGAUCACGAGGAGACUUUCGAGGAGUUCACUGCCAGAUAUGAGAAGGAAUUUGAGGGUGUGCAAGAUGUCUUCGAACUCCAGCGCAACCUGAACAACGCCUUCGCCUAUGAUCUCGUCCCCUCGCCCACCGUCCUUGUCGCAGCCCUGAAGGCCGCACGCCGAGUCAAUGACUUCCCCACUGCCGUGCGCAUCUUCGAGGGCAUCAAGGCCAAGGUUGAGAACAACGGCCAGUACCAGCAAUACCUGGACGAGCUGAAGCCCUUGCGGGAGGAGCUGGGUAUUGUGCUCAAGGAGGAUAUGUACCCCGAAGAGUCUAAAUAA